CAGCGUGGCUUCUACUAUACGCUUGAUAGAGGCGGAACAUCACUGCUCGGUUCGGCAUUAGACGAUGAGGGCGAUGCACCUCCCGCCGAUGUGGGCUGCGGCGGCUUGGCGGGCCCAGCAGCGCGCCCGCUGCGCCCUGGGCCGCCACGAGCGCGGGUGCGUGUCGGGCUAUCGCCCGCACCUGCGCGCCGCCGCCACCGCGCGCGCCGUGAUGGCCGUGCACGCGGGCCUGGCGACGGAUGAGGCCGCGGCGGCGCGGGAGCGGCAGGAACUCCAGGUCAUCAUGCGCGAGGAGGAGGAGUGGGCUCAACUACAUGCUGCGGCCCAAAAAUAUCAUGAAGCAUACGCCGCGGUAAGGAGCCUUUCCAGCACACGGGGCGAGCCGGCGGUGGUUGCGUUGGAGGUCCUGCGCGGGGCGACAGCGGCACUGGCGGCGGCCGUGUCCGGACUCUCAGCGUACAUCGUGGCCUCCAUUCUGUCCUCCUUGGCCCCCCCAAGCGUGGAGGCUGCGGAGGAGCGGCUGCGGACCACGGCAUUCGGCCCCGUUCUGUAUCAGCAAGUGCGUGGCGCGUGCAUGCCGUCCUGGCUGGUGUUUACCGAGCUCAUGCCGUUCUCCCCGGCCCGCGCGGCGCUGCUGCUGCACUGCCACAGCCUGCUAGGGGAUAUCAGCCCCCAACUGGAUGAGAUGAUGCACGCGCACGCGGCGAGCAGCCGCCUUAUGUCAAUGUUGCCUGGCUCUGCCGUGUUGCAUCUGCGGGGCCCGCACCGGGCGAUGGCGGCGACGCUUACUGAGGCACUGCUUCGGUACUGGGGCGUGAUGCCGGGGGGCGCAGCUGCCGCCGCCGGAGGAGGCGGCGGGGCGGGCAGCGGCGGAGGCUGGCCGGCUGGGGCCCCACUUGCCUGCUCGGAGAUUCGGGCGCUGACGUUGGUGCUGUCGUCGGCACAGGCGUUGUCGUAUUGGCCCGUGCCGGCGCUCGGCACCAUUGGCAACCGCGGCGUGAUGGCAGCGCUGACGCGGCCGGCGGUGCUGCUGCGCGUGGCGGCCGUGCUGAGCCACGACGUCGUGGCGCGGAUCCCGCCGGGCCUCAUGGAGAGCACGGUGACACGAUUCCUGCACGACCUGGAAGCUCUGUGGGUGCGCACGCUGCGACGAGUGGCGGCGAGCAGCGGCAGCCGUGAGGCGGAGGUGCAGCAGCUGCUCCAUUCAGAUGAGGAGACAGAGGCGGUGGCAGGGGCUUUGCUGACAGUGUUCUCGGAAACCCAAAAGGAUAUGCACCAGCGCGCAGCUGGGAUGCGGGAUUACAGGAUAGCGGAGCGCCUCAAGUCAUUGGCGACAGGCGCCGAGAGUGCGGGCGCUGCGGCCGAGCCUGAGGCUCAGCUGCAUGCGGUGCAGCGUAGCGCUCAGAUCAUCAAAUGGUAUGGGGCCGUGGUAGCGACCGCAGCUACGCGCCUGGUGGCGGCGUACUUCGACCCGCUGCCGCCGCUGCCGCAGCCCGCUGCACCAUCGGCCCCUGCGCCAGGCAGCUUAGAUGCGGUGAGCGAGGCGGCGGCAACGGCAGCAGCCUCUGUCCCCGGCGGCGGUGCUUGCCAGCAGGGCCAGCAGCCAGUACUUGCGGCCCUAGCGUGCUUCCAGCCGCAGCCGUUGCCGCAGCCGCAGCCGGUCCCUCAGACGGUGCUCUGCAUACCAUGGCGUGCUGUGCAGCAGCCGCUGCGGGAGUGGUACAGGCACGAACGUGCGUUACUCCACGCGAGCGCCGAUGAGGCGCGGUUCGGGGCCGGGUGGCGGCUGGCAAGCAUGCAGGUGGCAAAUCAGGCGGCCCUGGCGCGGGCGAUGCUUGGCGCGCUGGCACCGUGCUGGGAGGCGAUCAUGGGCUGCACGUUGUGUGGCGCCGCCGCGCCGUGUACCAGCAGCUUGACGGCGUGCGACCCCACCUACAGCCCCGGGCCCCACAGCUCGCUGGUGCUGCAGGGCUCACCCGCCAUCUGCUACACCCUCGCCCGCACCGCCGCCGUCAACUACGUACUGGACAGGGUGGCGCGGGGGAUGGCGGCGGCGGAAGCGCCAGACCUGUCCAUGGCACCUGCCCCAGACCCUAGCCGUGAUGUCCACGUCGAUCUGUCCGCGUCAACUGCCUCGGACCUCUCGACCGCUAUGGCGGCGCUCACGUCCGACCUGGAGGCAGCGCCGCCGGCCGAUGUGGCGCCUGCGCAUGUGGCGGGUGUACUGGCGGCGGCCGAGGCGCUGUCCUCUAGGCUGCGGGACUACCGGAUUUGCUGCGGCUGGCCACUGGUGGUGACGCUGUCGGGCUGCGAGGACCCAGAGCGGGCGCAGCACGCGCGCAAGGUGCCGGCGGAGCUGCUUAAACCGUUCGACCCGUCUGGGCUGGAGGUGGAGGCGCUGAGGCAGGUGUGUGUGACCGCUACCUGGUCUGCGGACAAGGGGGCCCUGCAACGCCAACAACGUCAGGCGGAAGCUGCAGGCGCGGGCGCAGGAGCAGGGGAACGCGCGGGAGCGGAGGAGGCGGCGGCCGGCUGCCCGGCAGCAGCAGCGGCAGGAGGAGGAGCCGGGGCGGCGCCGGCGGCGGCGCCAGAUGCGGCUGCAGCGAGCAGCAACGGAGCCUCUGUGCAGCAGGCCUCUUUUCUGGCGCAGGCGGUGGCGCAGAUGAUCACAGGGGCAGAUAUCGUGUCGUUUCCGGAACCCAGCUGUCCUGGCGACCGUUUGGAGGACAUGAUCAAGUCCAAGGUUGAGGCACUGGCGGAAAAGUGCCCGCUGCAGCCGGUGCUGCUGCGGCCAAGGGGCGAGCAGCAAACGGCUGCCGUCGCCAGCGCCUGCGCGGAGCACUCGCACCGCCUGCGCUCCGACGCCGCGGCGCCGCGUGAGCUGGUGGUGGUGCCGCUGCUGGACGAGUCGGCUCUACACAGCUGCGGCGAUGCACUAGAGCGGCUGCGCGGCAUCGCACGGCUGGUGCUGAGGAAACUCACCGUGCCCGUGUUCGCGCCGGUGUCGGGCGCGGCAGCAGCGGCAGGUGCAGGUGGUGAUGCGGGUGGUGAGGUGGGUGAGGCGGCGGCAGCCGGUGCAGCGGGCGCUGCCGCCACGCAGUCGGACAAGGGGGGCGCUGCGGCGCUGGACGUCACUCAGCCCCGGCAACAGCGGUCGUUCUGGCAGUACCACCUGCCUCUGGUGCUCAACCGUGCCGUGUGCCGAGUCGCGGGGGAGCCGCAGCCCGCCACCGGCUGGACACUGUCGGAGCUGGCGGAGGGCACCGAGUGGGAACAGGCGCAGCAGGCGAAGCGUGAUGAGGAGUGGGAACAGGAGGACGAGGAGGGGGCGGAGGACCAGGAGCAGGAGGACGGGGAUGAGGAGGAGGGGGAGGAGGGGGAGGAGCAGCAGGAGGCUGGGCAGGAAGUCAGCAUGCAGGAGGCGAGCGGGCAAGAGGCGGCGGGAGAGGAUGCGGGCGCUGCAGACUCUGCUGGCAGCAGCAGCGAAACAGCGCAGCGGGGGCAGCUGGCGCCACGCCAGGACAGCCUAGACAGUAGCCCUCCCGCCAGUGCCUGUGGCGUGCCGGAGCCUGCCAGCGCCAGCACCAGCGCCAGCACCAGCGCCAGCGCCGGUGCUGGCGGCCCGAGCCUGCACGCAGUCGCAAAGCAGCUGGCGAGGCACGCGCUUGAAAGGGCGACUCCCGCGGGUGCCCUUGACGGCGGGGAGGAGCGCCUGCGGCGGCUGGCAGUGGUGGCGCUGUGUGAACUGGAUGAAGCACUGGAAGAUCUCGCGGGUGCUGCGGACGCCAGUGAGUCAGGGGCAGACGACUGCCUGAGAAAGCUCCUGCGCAACCUGGCGCCCGGCAUGCACGCUUACGAUGCCCACGUGCGGCCGUCGCCGCUGGACCAUUUGGUGGCAGCACCGUGCGGUGCGGGUGGCGGCGAGUGCGGUGCGGGUGACGCGGCUGGCGAUGCUGCAGCUGGGGGGGGCGGUGGGUGGCCGCCCCAGGCGCUGCAGCUGCUGGUCGUGCAGGCGCAGUCAGGGCGGCCGGUGGAGCUGGCGGCGAAAGGGCUGGCGGCAAGCGAGUGUGGGUGUAAGGGCGUUGGUGGACUUGCGCAGUGUGAGGACGGCCGUAAGCUUUGUUAGGUGGCCGGAACGAGGGGUGAAAGGCGCGGCUCGUGGCAUGCCGAGUAUGCCGCGUGGCGCGUUCACCUUGAACUGGGGUGUUCAAGUCUGGGGGUUCUGGAGUUGCGGUUGUAUGUAGGAGGACUGGGCCGUUGGGGGCCGGUCGGGGUUGGGUUGCCGUUGCCGCAGCAAUCUGAGGCGACUGCGCGCCAACCGUGGAUAGGCGCUAAACACUCCUGUAUAUCAAGUACUGUAAAUAUGCCAGCUA